AUGGCGGUGUUCAUAGGAGUGACAGAUGAAAAACAACAUAUUUUCCAAGUAUUUGCUCACGUAGAUCACGGAAACAAAGGAUUUCUAACAAGAGAUGAACUAAAGUUAGCCCUCAUUGAGUUGUUUGGUUAUAAACCUUCUAAAUACGAAGUGAAUGAAAUAUUUUCAAAACAAACUAAUGUAUCCACAGGAAUAUCACGGGAACUGUUCUACGGCAUAAUCAAGUCGAAGUUGUCUGGCCAAGAUCAAAAUGAUGGAAUUAGACAAUUAUUUUUGGCAUGCGAUACAAGAUGCCAUGGGUUCAUAACUUUUGAAGAUGCUAAGAGUAUUUUUCAAAAAAAUGCACCAUUUAUAAAACAUUUUGACUUACAAAGAAUGUUUGAAGAGGUUGACAGAGACAAUGAUGGAAGAAUAAGCUACAGAGAUUUUGAGAAUAUGAUAAAGUUUUCACCCAGUGAAUGAAAAAAAGGCUGUUGAUUGUGGUGUCAAUUAAGCCUGCAGCUUUUUUUAGUAACUGUAAUAGUCUUCCAAAUGUCAACACUCAGCAGGCAAAGCACUGGUCAGUCUUGUUACAUACUUCAAGCCUUGGUGCUAAUUCACCACAAUAAUGACAGUUGGUCACAUGUCAUAGUGACAACUAGAUCUUGGACUUAGUCUCAGGACAGUACAAAAAUUGUUGCAACUUUAUACCAUGCACAGACUAUUGAUUUGUGAUCAAAGACAAUGAUACCAGAUUAAUGCACCUCUUUUUUGAAUUAUAAAGAUGCAUUUACACCUGCAAUUUCUGCUGUGUACAUACAUACAUACAUAACAAAUUCACUGGUUCAAAUCAUCAAAGGAAAAAAUCAGCAAAAAUUG